GCCGCUGAAGCCCCGAGUCAGGGCGUGCGACUGAGAUGCUGUUGAGCACAACUGGUGCCCCGAGCUCUGCUUCUUCCACUUCCAAUAGGUCAAGAAGUAGGACUCGCUAUCGGACCAAAGCUGUGAGCUCUGAGGUGGAUGAGAGCCUAUUUGGAGGUAUCAAGCCUCUGUCACAGACCCCCAGUAACAGCCCCAUUGUGCUGCUCCGAGAUAAGCAUGCCAUUCAGAGAGCUCUCACUACAUCGGGCAAAGGCCACAAGCCGGAGACCAUCCAGCUCAUCACUCGGGACAUGGUCCGGGAACUCAUUGUUCCCACAGUGGAUCCCUCUGGGGAAUCCCUUAUCAUCAGCCCCGAAGAGUUUGAGCGGAUCAAAUGGGCAUCCCAUGUCCUGACCAGGGAAGAACUUGAGGCCAAGGAGCAGGCCUUCAAGAUGGAGAAGGAAGCCAUCAUGGAUGCAGUGACAACACGCAAGAAAAUCAUGAAACAGAAGGAAAUGGUGUGUAAGAACAACAAAAAGCUCAGUGACCUGGAGGAGGUGGCCAAGGAGAGGGCCCAGAACCUCCUGCAGAGAGCCAACAACCUGCGGAUGGAGCAAGAAGAGGAGCUCAAGGACAUGAGCAAGAUCAUCCUUAAUGCCAAGUGCCAUGCCAUCCGGGAUGCUCAAAUCCUAGAGAAGCAGCUGAUCCAAAAAGAAUUGGAAACAGAGGAGAAGAGGUUGGAUCAGAUGAUGGAAGUGGAGCGGCAGAAAUCCAUUCAAAGGCAGGAAGAACUGGACAAUAAGAGGAGGGAGGAAAGAAUCAGAGGAAGACGGCACAUUGUGGAACAGAUGGAAAAGAACCAGGAAGAGCGAUCGCUGCUUGCUGAGCAGCGGGAGCAGGAGAAAGAGCAGAUGCUGGAGUAUAUGGAACAGCUCCAAGAGGAGGAUCUAAAGGACAUGGAACAAAGGCACCAGGAAAAACUGAAGAUGCAAGCGGAGAUUAAGCGCAUCAAUGAUGAAAACCAGAGACAGAAAGCAGAGCUAUUGGCUCAGGAGAAACUGGCAGACCAGAUGGUGAUGGAGUUCACCAAGAAGAAGAUGUCUCGAGAAGCAGAGUUUGAGGCUGAGCAGGAGAGGAUCCGGAGGGAGAAAGAGAAGGAGAUUGCUCGCCUGAGGGCCCUGCAGGAAAAAGCCCAGGAUUACCAGGCAGAACAGGAUGCCUUGCGGGCCAAGCGCAACCAGGAGGUUGCAGACAGAGAAUGGCGCAGAAAGGAAAAAGAAAAUGCACAGAAGAAAAUGGAAACAGAAGCCAUGCUGAGGAAGAGUCGGCUGGAACAGGUGGCGUUCAAGCAGCACUCCCUGGCUGUUCAAGUGCAACGGGACAGGGAUGAAUUCGAGAGGAUUCUUCGGGCCCAGAGGGAACAGAUUGAGAAGGAGCGGCUGGAGGAGGAGAAAAAGGCUACCGGGCGCCUGCAGCAUGCCAACGAGCUCAGGCGCCAGGUGCGGGAAAACCAGCAGAAGCAAGUGCAGGACCGGAUUGCUGUCUUUGAGGAGGGCCGGCGCCUCAAAGAGGAGGCCCAGAAGCGGCGUGAGCGCAUUGAUGAGAUCAAGAAGAAAAAACUUGAAGAGUUGAGAGCCAGUGGCCUUCCUGAGAAGUACUGCAUUGAAGCUGAGCGAAAAGCUAACAUCCUGCCAGCCACCUCUGUGAACUGAGGGGGCCUCUGUGUCCUGAUGUAUGCUUUCGGGGGACAGAUUCUGCCCAGUGUCCUGGUGUCUAUAUUUGCUGCUAACCUAGAUAUUUCAUAGUUACAGAUUAAAUCUAAUU